AUGGAAGUGUAUCACAAAGUUCCCGAAGGUUAUCGAAUCUUUGGAUGCUUCACCCUUCCUGCCUAUCGAAGUCCCAUCAUUCAGUGCGUGAUCAUCGCGAUUGUUCACCUUUUAGUUGUGGGGAUGUUUAAUGUUCUCUCUGCUCUGGGUGGAGGAGGUCAAGUUGACCCUACAACCAGCAACAAUGCCAACACAAUCUUAUAUAGUUUGUUUUGUGUGUUUGCGUUGGUAUCGGGCUCGGUGUGCAACUUUCUAGGGCCCAGAAUCACUCUCGCAACGGGUGGCAUUGGAUAUUCCCUUCUCUCAGCAUCAUACUGGAGCUACAACAACAAGAAGAACCAGGCCUUUGUUUACUUUGGGGGUGCCAUGUGCGGAAUAGCAGCUGCCUUCCUCUGGACCGCCGAGGGCUCACUUAUCAUGUCACUUCCCUUGGAGAAAGAUAAGGGCAAAUACGUGGGAAUAUUCUACGGCGUGUCAUUCUUUGGGACUGUAGUGGGGGCCAUUAUACCCACAGUCGAAAAUUGGGGUAUCACCACAGCCGGAAGUGUGAACGACAGCACUUACAUUGCCCUGUUUGUCCUAAUGCUGAUGGGCAGUGUGGUCGCAUGCUUCGUGUCUGACCCUUCCAAGGUCAUUCGGAAUGAUGGUUCUCGGGUUGUGAUUCCUAGCCAGACCACAUUUGUCCAGGAGCUGAAAAACGUCAUUUUGGCUAUCAAAAGAGAGCCAUGGAUUGUUUUAUAUUUCCCCUACAGCUUUGCUGGCUUAUGGUACAUUCCGUAUCAGUCGAAUGAUUACAAUUCGUAUUUCUUUAACCUCCGAACUCGUGCAUUUGGCAGUGUCUGGUUCGACUUUGGCCAAUUUGUCAUGGCGGUGAUUCUCGGACUUUUGCUCGACUUUACAAGACUAGGUGGUCGACGUCGACGUGCCUUUAUUGGAUGGGGCCUCAUGUUUGUGUUGAUCAACGCAGUCUUUAUUGGAGGUGUAUUUCCUGCUCGUGAUUCUCACCGAGGACAUCCUCCAGCACAUCUCCUAGAUGUGUACGAUUCAAAAGCAGUGGGCUAUAUUUUCCUCUAUACCUUCUAUGGGGCCGUUGACGGAGCGUGGCAGACAUUUGCCUGGUGGAUUAUGGGCGCACUCUCGAACGAUCCACUAGUGUUAUCUAUCUACUCGGCUUUCUACAAAGUCUUCGGUGCGAUGGCAGCUGCCAUUGUGUUCAGUAUGGAUGCCCGCAAGGUUAGCUACCAGGCCAUGUUCGGAAGCUAUUGGGGUCUGCUAUCAGGUUCUAUGGUUUUUGUAUUAGUUUUGAUCUAUAAGCGCGUUCAAGACACACUUGCACCUGUGGUUGGAAUGCGGCAUGAUAAAGUGAUCAAGGUUGAAGAGAGAGGUUUUCCUGGGACGCACGGUAUUGUUUUCCAGUAA